GCCACUUUCCAGCUCCCUCCCGCUGCUGACGAAGGAAGGGACGCAACAACCCACCCCCAGGUCCCUGGGCCCGUCUCCCUCCGCCUCUGCCCCUCCGGCUGCAGAUUUGGAGGAUGCUCUGAGCUCGGGCAGAAGAGGAAGCAGCAGCAGCAGCAGCAGAAGCAGCCGCCCCUCCAUGGAGCGCCCAGGGCCCCUGCUGCCGCUGGCGCUGAACCGAAGUUGUGCCGAAGGUUCGUUGUUCACCCUGACUUGCCUGUCUCAUCAGGUUGUUUGUCAGGUUAUUGAGAAUAUCAGCUCUGCAGCCUCACCUUCCAAGAAUCUCACUUUAAACACUGACUGGACAGUGCAGAUAGAGGACAAAUAUGGCUUCUACAUUGGCUUGGCUUUGGCCAUCAUCUCCAGCUUCCUUGUUGGCAGCAGUGUCAUCCUGAAGAAGAAAGGACUGUGCCGGUUGGUGGAGAAAGGAGGCACCAGAGCUGGGGAUGGAGGACAUGGCUAUCUAAAGGACUGGCUAUGGUGGGCUGGUUUGCUUACCAUGGGAGGAGGAGAAGCUGCCAAUUUUGCUGCCUAUGCCUUUGCACCUGCAACAAUUGUUACUCCACUUGGAGCAUUGAGUGUGCUCAUAAGUGCCAUUUUGUCUUCCUAUCUGCUUGGAGAGCGUCUCAACCUGCUGGGCAAGUUAGGUUGCAUGCUGAGCAUUGUAGGUAGUACAGUUCUUGUGAUUCAUGCUCCAGAGGAAGAAGAAGUCACCACUCUAGAUGAAAUGUCUUCUAAACUGAAAGAGCCAGGUUUUCUUGUUUAUGCUGGCAUUCUCUUGGUGAUCUGUCUAGUUCUGAUUUUCUUCUUAGCCCCACGCUAUGGCCAGACAAAUAUUCUCAUCUACCUCACCAUCUGUUCUGUGAUUGGAGCUUUCUCCGUGUCUUCAGUCAAAGGGCUGGGCAUUGCCAUCAAGGGCUUUUUUGCUCACCGGCCUGUUCUGCAGCACCCCCUGACCUGGAUUCUUGUCCUCACAUUAGUGGCCUCUAUCACCACACAGAUAAACUACCUUAAUAAGGCUCUUGACAUUUUCAACACCUCCAUGGUUUUCCCCAUCUACUAUGUGCUGUUUACCACCAUUGUCAUCACUACAUCAGUCAUCCUCUUUAAGGAAUGGGUCACCAUGUCUGUGGUGGACAUUAUUGGAACUGUAUGUGGAUUCUUCACUAUUAUUUUAGGAGUGUUUUUACUCCAUGCCUUCAAAGAUAUGGACUUCAGCUUGAGGAAUCUACCACAAACGCUUCAGAAUGCUGAAGAGGCCCCAGCAAUUAAGGAUGACAAGAACAUCCUAAUAGAACUGGAUAGCACAAGUAACAAGGAUGAUGGGAAACCCAAAGUAUUCAUGAUCUACAGUUGAAACCUAAAAUCAGCAAUCCUGCAGCUGCAGGACCUGGAACCAAAGGGCUGUGUGUGCGUGUACACAAAGAAUUUGCAUUAAAUGAAAACUUGCCAUAUACAGAGGGCCGUUGAUAUCUGUUGGGGUUUGGUUACAGAACCCCCCACGAAUACCAAAAUCCAUGGCUGCUCAA